UAUGAAGCUCCCUUUUCCGACGCGUGCUCAGGAUCCGCAAUUUGCCGAUAUGCUAGCAGAUCGGUUGGACGUGUUCAUAAGGAAGGCGAGGUUGGAACCGAUAUUAAGAGAACAAGAACAGGAUGAUCUUCAAGGUGAGCAUAAGCAGGACAACAAGAACCAACAAGCUAGGGAUAUUAAUAUUAGAGACGCCAACAUUGAGGACGAGGAACGCCCUCUUUUCCCGAAAAUGAAGAAGCACAAACGAAAAACGAGCCAGGCUGACAUUCAUCCACGGGAUCUGUGCAAUUUUAUCGCCAGCUUAGGAGGUCGUGGCUUAUUGGAGUCACCCGUAGUCCGCCGCGCUCUCCAAGAAGGCUACCUUGAUGCGACAGAAGCAGAGAAACGACGCUGGAACUCGCAUGACUAUGGAAGUAUGCUUUAUGGUCUAGCGAAACUCCCGGAACUUCAGCAACAGCAGCUUUUGGAUGUAGCGAGUGACUUCGCGCAAGAAAUCGAGGAAAGGCUAGACUUCGUCUUUCCAGAUCGUGAGAUAGUGGAAAGAAGGGCUGCGUCGCCGUUUAGACUACAGCGCAUGCUUUGGAGCGCCAAAGAUACGUCCUACCCAAAACAUGCACAGAUGAGCAAAGGGCCAGAAACUACGAGAAGAACAACCGCCUGUAAUGAACACGAAGUGAAUUGUUCCGUCUACAUUCGCAACUUGUGCAACUUUUUGCAUUUUUUUUCCGAAUGGCGUGUCCGCGAACCGCGAUUGCUGUCCAGAAUUUUCAAAAAGUUGAUGGGCUACCGACCUCAGGAUACCGAUUGGCUGGGAACCCAGCAAAUGCUUCGCCAUGCGGCUGUUCUAGGUGUCACAGACGUUCCAGGCAUAGAGGAAAUGGUGUUUGCUGCCUCGAAACAACGACUGCUGACACACAAAACUAUCGAGGUCCGCCAGGCGACGACGAUGGUGUGGAGUCUCUGUGUGCUAGCGGCUUGCAGAAGUGAGAAGAGCAGGACAAGCACACUUGUUACCGAAAUCGAAAAUUCAACACAACCGGACACGACAAAUUGUUCCUCCAGUUCAUCCACGAUGCUUGAUUCUCAAGAACAAGAUGGCACAACUACUACUAGUAAAGCAACCAGGGACUGGCUUUCCUGUCCAGAGUUUCGGGGAUUCGUCAAACAAGUGCUCUUCGUAGAUCCUCAGCACUUUUUUGGUAACCACAUGAUCACGAUCACGGAUCUACGAAUGGCUUUGCGCGUGGCUAUUGCUUUGGACCUGCAUGCUGAGGCAGAGAUGUGCAGAAAAAGACUGUGGACUGGGCAUAUGAACAUGCCUGCGGGUUUUGGGGGAGAGAUGAACACACCGCAGUCGUCUGGCAGAGGUCUUGUUAAGGGUUUCCGCAUUGCAUUUUCUUUGUUAGUCCUAUUCUUGACUUCACUUGUUUUCCAGUAGGAUGGAAAUGAGUUGUCAGGCAUGAUCUUCGGGAGAGUUAUGCACUGCCAGAACCUCUAAUCUUGACAGCUUGAGUGCAUCAGAACGUCUGAUUAGCGAAGAGCUCACGACCGCAGGUCUGCGACAUAGGAACGACGUCUGGUUUCCGCUUUUGGACAGGUCAGUGGAUUUCAUCCUGGACGUAAGGGAGAAUGCAGACAGAGGCUUAUGACUAAGUACCUAGAAAAUCAUGUGCCUAGAAGAAGAUAUAAAUGGAAGUAGCAUCAGCUUGUUUCAUCUUAUGAAAAAUACUACUUCUUUGAGAAUAUCGAUCGGCUCUCCACUCCUUCGCGAAGAAGCACGUACAACGCAACUACAACACUCUCUAAUGCUCACAACCGCAAACAAAAACGGUACUACAACAAAAUCCAGCAACGAAAUUUCCCAGGACAGUGUUGUCAUUUUAGAGUAUGACGGACCCGUGCACUUUUACCGCUCGAAAAACACGUGGAUGGAGCCGACUGGACGAGACCGAUUUGAAACAUGGCUCAUACUUAAGGCUAUCACGUUGAUUCAUCCGUUUCCGUUUGCUCGUCUUUCUACUUAGCAUCCAUCAUCUUGUCUAGAUCAGUAUCACUAUCCUGCUUUAUCCGUCCCUCUUCCUUUUUCAGUGUGGUGAACAGUCUCUCUAGCUCCCGUCUAGCAACUCUACUUUCGAAGGAAAUCAUGAUUUUAUGCUAGACGUAGAGCCGCGAUUUCUUUUGAUUAUCACUCCACAGCAGGUCAGAUGUACAUUAGUUAGUACCUACAGGAGUGAAUUGUCUUGUCGAUAGCUGUUGUGACACGGCGAGUAGAGGCCCACCAGAGGGGCAGCCGAGGUCGCCCACUGAAUUGAGUUGAUAGCUCUAACAAACAUAAGCUGGGUUACUCCUUUGUACGCAUGCCAUAUUGGGACGUCGAUCCCUUCAGGGCUGGAACGGACACAACUCGACGCCGCUUCUACCACAUGCUUGCGGAUGUAGUGCGAGCAAAGCGGAAAGUGCUUUAUGAAAAGUCACGCCUAGACAGGAUAGCAAGAGAUGACCCCUAGAUCGUGGUGCAUCUUGGUGGUUCCUUCUCCUUAUAAGGAACAGCAUAUCUUCCAAGAUGAAAAUCGACUCAGUGGGCCCUGCAAUCAAAGAAGUCGAAAAGUCACGCCUAGUAGACAGGAUAGCAAGAGAUGACCCCUAGAUCGCCUUUUAAUAAAGGGUCAAAGAAAAAUCGACUCAGUGGGCCCUGCAAUCAAAGAAGUCGAGUUCCAGUCGACCAUCAAGUAUCCACGAUGAAAAGAAUAUCUGACUACAGUUCGAUCAUCCCUUCACCAUCAAAAUAGGUUUCGGGAAAUUCACAAAGAUCAGGGGGAUGCAUCUUUUGUGCUGCACUGGAACCAUUUACAAGUAGUCUAAUCGUUUUGAACCUGCGGGCAUGAUCAUGGCGUCUUGCUGAACAAGAGAUUCUUAGAUUCAAUUUCAGUAAGCAGUCCUCAAUUACUUCCAUCGUGGUAUUGAAAAUGAAUCCACAAUGCGCGCUUUGUGGAUCUUAUGAGACAGCUACAUCUCAGGGGAAUACGGGACAUUGAACAUAAG